UCUAAAAUUAAGACAACAUAUAAAACAUAGAUGGGAACCCGUUAAAACGACUAGUAACAAACUGGCGCAGGAAACUAAAGGAGGAAGAGGCAUGGAUGGAGACGAAGAAGACCUCUAUCUGCCCAUUGAAUUGAUCAUUCAAAUCCUUCUAAAGUUACCAGUGAAGUCUCUUAUACGCUUCAAGUGUGUUUGUAAGUCUUGGUUUUCUCUCAUAUCUCAACCUCACUUUGCAAAUUCUCAUUUUCAACUUACCGCCAAUGCACACACUCCUAGAAUUCUGUUCAUAAAUCCAGAUCUUGAAUCUCUAUCUAUAGAUUUUGAAACAUCGCUUCACGAUGAUAGUGCUUCUUAUUCACCGGACAUUAGUUUCUUAUUUGAGGAAUAUGAUUAUGAUAGUUCUUCUUCUUCAGACAUGGAUUUUUCAUCUCCUCAUCCAUCUUUCUUAGAUCUUGAUAUUAGAGGUUCAUGUAGAGGUUUUAUACUUUGCUCCGGUUAUUCAAGCCUUUAUCUAUGGAAUCCAUCCACCGGAGUUCACAGACAAAUACCCUUUACUACUGUUAUUGAUUCCAAUUUAGAAGCAAAGUAUUUCUAUGGUUUUGGGUAUGAUGAGUCUACUGAUGAUUACCUGGUUCUUUCAAUGUGCUAUGAUCCGAGUGCACGUGGUUUGUUAUCUCACUUGGGGCUUUUCUCAUUAAGAGCUAAUACGUGGAAGGAAAUGGAGGGUGGUGACAAUUUGCGUUAUUCACAGCAGUGUAUGUAUUCUAGAGUAGAUUCACUCCUAAAUGGGGUUAUUCACUGGUUGGCUUUUCAUUAUGAUAGAUCAAUGAAUGUUAUUGUUGGAUUUCAUUUAACGGAAAGGAAACUUAUAGAGUUGCCUUUGCCUAUUGGUAUAAAUAAUGGUCCUAGAGUGUAUGAUUUAUGGCUAUUCAGAGGAUGUCUCAGUCUAUUUGAUAUGUGCACUGAUAAUGGUACAGUUGAAAUAUGGGUGAUGAAAAAAUACAAUGUGCAAUCGUCUUGGACAAAGACUCUCGUUCUUUCUUUUGGUGACAUUCCCAUUCACUACUUUUGUCCGAAAUAUUGUACAAAAAGUGGUGAUAUCGUUGGAACCGACGAUAAUGUAUUGGCCAAGUAUAAUGAUAAAGGACAGCUGCUAGAGCAUCACUCCUACUCGGACCAUGAAUAUGGAUCCCUAGUGGUUAUGUAUACAGAAUCUCUGCUUUCACUUCCUGGUGGUGACAGUGAUCAGGCUUAAGAAGAUGACGCAGACAAGAAUGAGGUUUUCAAGUAUUCCCCUUCACCAUUUUCAUGAUCUUUAUAAUUAUAUAGUAUUAUGUACUCUUGAGUGGCUGCAUUCGUAGGGUAAUAUGUGUUUGAUUGCAUUUGUAAUAUGAUCCAAGUAUGGCAAAUGAGCUGAUGAAAUAUGUCAUGAAAUGUUUAUUGGUCAAACAUUUGUAUUGUGUUUAUUGAAAAUGUUGACUGCUUUGUUUCUAUGAUGCAAUGUUGUUUGUGCGUGUA